CAUUCCCUUCUGUUUGAAAAGAAAAACACAUAUUCAGAUUGUUGCAGCUGAGGUGGGAAACCUAGGUCUGUUUACAGUCGGGUUCUGUUUCUCUCUCUCUUCCUACGCUAUUCCACAGUUACUGGUCGGAUAAGGAGGAGGGAUACAACUAGAUGAUGAGGAAUGCUCCUGGUUUGCUAGUUCCCAUGUACUCGGCUGUGUGAUUGGUGGAGGAUAUUUGGUUGAGAGGAUUGGGAGCAGGAAGAGUCUGAUGGUGGAUUGUCCAUGGGAUAUAUCAUUGGUUCUCUUCUGGUCAGUCUAACUAACUCUCUUCCACUCAUUCUUUUAGGCAGAAUUAUUACAGGAUACUCAACCGGAAGCAACUAUGUCUCUGUUCCGGUUUUUGUUGGAGAAAUAUCACAUCCGUCCAUCCGAGGCGCCUCCCUGCCCUGGAGAACUGUGGUACCUAUAUCAAUGAUCCCUCCUUCUUUAUCUUUUUGUUUACUCGUAUUUAUUAAAGAUUCUCCUCCCUGGCUUCUUAGACGAAGUAAUGAGAGUGGUGCAAAGCUGGCCUUGAUGUUCUACAGUGAUACUACACCAGAAACUUGGCGAGCUUUGGAUUCAAGUUUCCUCAAACCUUUCUUUGUUCCUAAUCUAAUGCUGACAAUUGGCAUUAAUUGGGGGGGUUUCGCGGCUCUAGAAUACUAUAUGCACACAAUAGUGUCGGAAGUCCAGGUUCUCUUAAACACGUAUUGGAUUGGAGUCAUAAUUACUGCUUAUGGAGCCCUCGUUCCGGUUCUUCUCUCCCUAGCCUUGGAUAAAUUAAGAAGGAGACCACUGUAUCUGUUUUCUGGUAGUCUGGUGGCAGCUGCACUAGCUGCUCAAGCUGGAUAUGCCUGGGGUAGUCCUUACAUAAACCCAGAAAUCAAGGUCAGAUUAAAGGGACUGUUUAGUCCCUACAUAAACCCAGAAAUCAAGGUCAGAUUAAAGAGACUGUUAACGUAAAUUCAAGCGACCCUCCAUGCAAACAUGG